UUCUGGGCCGUCUCCACCCACGCUGGGAACGGAAUGUGGUACGUGUAAACUGGAUAGAGAUAUGCGCCCUUUCUGUCUCUCGAGAUGUACUGGAAACCGAGGGACCGUCUCAUCUAUACAUACCUCCUCUCCUCGCUCUCGAUCUCCUCCUCCUUUUCCGAUUCCGCUUCGCCGGAUUGAUUGACGAGUUGUUACGGCUUUCGAUCCCCUUCGCCCCCUCUCCCCUCUCGAUCCAGGUUGGCUGAACCAUCGGGGAGAGGAGAUGGCGUCGCCAAAGAAUGAGGGGUUCUUGACGGAGGAGCAGAGGGAGACGCUGAGAAUAGCGGCGCAGAACGCGGAGUUGCUCUCCUCGUCGCCCAGAUCGCCCAGCAAGACGGGGAUCCACGAGUUCCACGAAAAGGGCAAGGGCGGAGGCGGUGGCAGGAGUCCGGUCGCCGGCGCGCGUCACGUGCGGCGCACGCAUUCGGGGAAGCUUGUGCGAGUGAAGAAGGAUGGUGCUGGUGGCAAAGGGACUUGGGGCAAGCUCUUGGAUUCUGGGCCUGAUUCAUACAUUGACCCAAACGAUCCUAAUUAUGACAGUGGUGAGGAGCCAUAUCAGCUAGAGGGUGCCACUGUUUUAAAUCCUGUACAUGACUAUAAGAAAUCUAUAUUAACAAUCAUUAAAGAGUACUUCAGCACUGGUGAUGUAGAAUUAGCUACAACAGAACUUAGGGACCUUGAUUCUGAUGAGCAUCAUCACUUGUUUGUUAAGAAACUCGUUUCCAUGGCAAUGGACAGGCAUAACAAAGAGAAAGAGAUGGCGUCUGUUUUGUUAUCCGCUUUGUAUGCCAAUGUGAUAAGUUCAGCUCAAAUCAGCCAUGGUUUUUUCAUGCUACUUGAGUCUGUUGAUGAUUUGGCACUUGACAUACUUGAUGCUGUUGAUGUGCUGGCUUUAUUUCUAGCCCGUGCCGUUGUUGAUGAAAUCCUACCUCCUGCAUUUCUCACUAGGGCAAAGAAAAUGCUUCCCAAAUCUUCUAAAAGCCUCUGUGUUAUUCAAACUGCUGAAAAAAGUUAUCUCUCAGCUCCCCAUCAUGCAGAGUUUGUUGAACAAAAAUGGGGUGGCACCACCCAUAAUACUGUUGAAGAGGUCAAAAAGAAGAUUUCAGUAUUGUUAAGGGAAUAUGUAGAGAAUGGAGACACAGCAGAGGCUUGCAGGUGCAUUAGAGAGUUGGGCGUCUCAUUCUUCCAUCAUGAGGUAGUGAAACGUGCUCUAAUCCUUGCUGUGGAAAUUCAGACAGCAGAGCCUCUCAUACUAAAGCUUUUAAAAAAAGCAUCAGAAGAAUUCCUAAUUAGUCCCAGUCAGAUGGCCAAGGGUUUCUCUCGGGUCUCUGAGAGCCUCGAUGAUCUAUCUCUAGAUGUUCCUGCUGCGAGAGUGUUGUUUGAAAAUAUAGUAAACAAAGCAAUUUCUGACAGAUGGCUUGACCCAUCGUUCUGCAAGUCAAGUGGCACAGAUGAUGAGAAGAGAGAUGAAGGUUAUGAUAAGUCAAGAAAGUAUAAAGAAGCCAUUGCCGAUAUAAUCCGUGAAUAUUUUCUCUCUGAUGACAUACCAGAGCUUAUUAGAAGUCUUGAAGACUUAGCUGCUCCAGAAUACAAUCCUAUUUUUAUCAAGAAACUGAUAACACUCGCUAUGGACCGUAAGAAAAGGGAGAAGGAGAAGGCAUCUGUUCUUCUCUCAGCACUUAGCAUGGAAAUAAUUUCAAGAGAUGACGUUGUUAAUGGGUUCAUAAUGUUGCUUGAAUCAGCUGAGGACACAGCAUUGGACAUUUUGGACGCUUCAAAUGAGCUAGCUCUAUUCUUAGCUAGGGCUGUGAUUGACGAUGUCUUAGCACCGCUCAACUUGGAGGAGAUCAAUAGUAAACUUCCAAAAAAUUGCAGGGGUAGAGAAACCGUCUCAAUGGCUCGCUCGCUUGUUUCUGCUCGACAUGCUGGUGAGAGACUUCUGAGAUGCUGGGGAGGUGGCACUGGUUGGGCUGUAGAGGAUGCAAAGGACAAGAUAAUAAAGCUUCUGGAAGAGUAUGAGAGUGGAGGCGAUAUAGGAGAAGCCUGUCAAUGCAUCCGUGAUCUGGCAAUGCCUUUCUUCAUUCAUGAAGUCGUAAAGAAAGCAUUGGUUAUGGCCAUGGAAAAGAAGAAUGACAGGUUAUUGGAUUUACUGCAGAAGUGUUUCAGCGAAGGGCUGAUCACCAUCUACCAAAUGACAAAAGGGUUCUCGAGGGUCAAGGAGGGGCUUGACGAUAUAGCUCUUGAUAUUCCUAAUGCACAGAUAAAGUUCCAAUUCUACCUGGAGCACGCCAGACAGCUCGGAUGGCUUCUCCCCACUUUUUAACACAAUGCAGCUACUAGUUACUUACCUGCCUACUUGUUGGAAAAGAGGCAGCUAGUGGAUUCCUAUUCAUGCGGUUUUCUGUUAUAUGCUCGUUUUAUUGCUUUAAGUUGUAGUAGCUGUGUUUGGAAUCCGAUCUGUUUCCUGCAAGGGGGGUACAUGUAAUGGCUUUGUUGGGACCUUUGCGUCUUUGGUGUGGGUUAGAAUUUCACUUGGUUUUGAUUCCGGUAGCAUACAUUAAUUUUUGAUAGAUUUAAGAUAGGGAAAGUUUCAUUUGUCCCAUGAAA